UGGCAGCACUGCUGGUGGGAGAACAGAUAUUCCAGGGCUGUGAUUGAGAGGGGUGUUCAUCUUUUAUAGUCCGGUGUGGAGGGACGCCCUGCCCUUGGACUGGACUCAUGUUGCAUGUGUGGGAGGCCGCGCGCUGGCUGCGACUGGCGCAGGCCUGGUAUACUCAACAACAAUUGACUGAACACAAUGGUGUGCAUGAUCUUUAUGUGUUUAGUGUUAACGUGAUUCCUGAGGCUGUCGUUGUGGCACCUGCACACGUGACUCAGCGACACUCCGAUAUCGCUGAGCGUUUUUAUGGCUUAAUCUCCUAUACGGUAUGUUAUCGUGUGAAGCUCGUCAGCCCAUCUGCAUCAGCGUAGUGGGCGUAGUGGGAUGGUCCGGGAGCGUCCCUGCACCCGCUCUGGCGGCUGGCGUUUGGUGGAUACAUCCUGUCUUGCUUCAUCCUGUCGUCGAGGUCUUGCUGCAUGUCAGGGCGAUAAUGUGUGAUGGGUAGGCCAGUGGUUCUUGAGGGGGUGGAGAGCACUGCGGAGGAUGCAGGCAACGUGUGCAGACACGGUACGGCAAUUGGCAGUUGGGCGCCUUUGGGGGCCCUGGCCUAGCCCGCGGAGCCUUCGAAGAACAGAAACGUUAUUGCUGCUCACUAUUUUGCUGCAUACUCCCUCCUGUAACCUGUGCUUGAACUUGCCCGUGCGUAAACGGCUCUCGGAGAUGCUCGCGCGUGUUGCUCUGGGCCUGGCCCGCGAUGGCCAGAGCGCUGUGCCCACUAUGACCCGCGCUAUGUCGUCCGUGAAGCUGCCUGACCUGCCCUAUUCUUACGGGGCGCUGGAGCCCUACAUUUCGGGCCAAAUCAUGGAGCUGCACCACUCCAAGCACCACGCCACUUACGUAGCGAACCUGAACAAGGCGCUGGAGCAGCAGGCGGAGGCUGAGCACAAGGGCGACGUGGCAAAGCUUAUUUCGCUGCAGAGCGCUAUCAAGUUCAACGGCGGGGGUCACGUCAACCAUGACAUUUUCUGGACCAACCUGUGCCCGCACAAGGAGUGGCAGCCUCCCUCGGGCGACCUGAAGGCCCUCAUUGAGGCGCAGUGGAAGACUCUGGACAACUUCACCACCACCUUCAGUGCGCAGACGGCCGCUGUGCAGGGCUCGGGCUGGGGCUGGCUGGGCUACAACAAGGCCACACACAAGCUGGAGGUGGUGACGCUGCCCAACCAGGACCCGCUGAGCGUCACGGGCCUGGUGCCGCUGCUGGGCAUCGACGUGUGGGAGCACGCCUACUACCUGCAGUACAAGAACGUGCGGCCCGACUACCUCAAGGCCAUUUGGAACAUCGUCAACUGGCAGAACGUGGAGCAGCGCCUGGCCGCCGCCAAGAAGUAAGGCUGGUGGGAGGCAGGCAGGCAGUGGGGGGAGGAGGAGGACAGCAGUGCGCUGCGGCAGCAGCGGACAGGAACCGGCGGCGGCAGGCAGCGGCGCUGGCGAGGAGGCGGAGGCGCCACGGACGAUUGAGGACGAGGGUUUGUGAGGAGGGGCUGCGGCAGCGGGCUGGGGCGGUAGCAGAGUAGGGGAUUUGUAAUGAGGACCACAUGAAUGGGAGGGCGAGGAAGUUAGAGGAGCAGCCGGGAUGGCACAGGUACAACCCGAGCGCAGGGCAGGCCGGCUGCAGGGGCUGUGUGGGUUGCGGAGGGUAUGGCGCAAGAGCUUAUCAACAUGAACAUGGGCGUGUGGUGUGCAGUGGAUUGCGCGUGUGCAUGCCUUACCAUGCAUGCAGUUUAGGGCAUUGCUGUUGACGUUGAGACUUGUUGGCAACGGACGUGUGGAAAACAGAGCGGUGACAGGUCACAGGACAGCUGUGACACCCCUGACUGUUGUAAUUGCGCUGUUGACCAGAGGCGGGGAGCUAGUGCCGACGCUGUAACAUACGACGGUGUUACAGA